CGCCGCCGCGGCUGCCAAGGGACCGUCGCCGUCUCGUCGCCUCAGCGCAGCUGUCUGGGCCCGGCCCGCGCCGCCGCCCGCCUUCCCCUCCUUCCCUGGCCGGGCCUGCGGGAUGUUCAUUUUAAAGAUUCUGUGAAGAUGAAAAGGGAUAUCUUAUGGUUUUACGAAAUAUAAAGCAAUACUGUCUGACAUGACGGCUAAAAAUGUUGGUGUGACUUCCACAAAUGGAGACUUGAAAGGAUUUAUAGAUCAGAACCAGAGUCCAACAAAAGAGAAACAAGCAGUUUCUGAAGAUGUUUUCAGAUACAGAUCUGCCUUUUGGAAAAUUUACACAGAACAAGAAAACAUCCUUGCCUCAAAUUGUAAUAUUUCAGUAAUUACAUUGCCAGUUUCCAGCACCAACUCUCCGACUAAGAUUUUACCAAAAACCUUAGGACCAAUCAAUGUGAAUGUUGGACCCCAAAUGAUCAUAAGCACACCACAAAGACUGACCAAUUCAGGGAGUGUUCUGAUUGGGAGUCCAUAUAACCCACCUCCAACAAUGGUCACACAGACACACAUAACAGAAGCUUCUGUCUGGGUCCCGGGGGAGCGAAAACGGACUCAAGAAAUUAUAGAGUCAGAUUUUUCAGAAAGUAAGAGAAGCAAAAAAGGAGAUAAAAAUGGGAAGGGUUUGAGGCAUUUUUCAAUGAAAGUUUGUGAAAAAGUUCAACGUAAAGGAACAACUUCAUACAACGAGGUGGCUGAUGAGCUGGUGUCAGAGUUCACAAACUCCAACAGCCACUUGGCUGCAGACUCGCAGGCUUAUGAUCAGAAAAAUAUUAGACGGAGAGUUUACGAUGCCCUCAACGUCCUGAUGGCAAUGAACAUCAUUUCAAAGGAGAAGAAGGAAAUCAGAUGGAUUGGCCUUCCUACAAACUCAGCUCAGGAAUGUCAGAAUCUAGAGAUAGAAAAACAGAAGAGGAUUGAAAGGAUAAAACAGAAGCGAGCCCAACUGCAAGAACUGCUGCUGCAGCAAAUAGCAUUUAAAAACUUGGUACAAAGAAAUCAGCAAAAUGAACAGCAAAAUCAAGGCCCUCCAUCUUUGAACUCCACAAUACAGCUGCCCUUCUUAAUAGUCAACACUAGCAAAAGAACAAUUAUAGACUGCAGCAUAUCAAGUGACAAAUUUGAAUACCUCUUUAAUUUCGAUAACACUUUCGAGAUUCAUGAUGACAGUGAGGUGCUGAAGAGAAUGGGAAUGUCCUUUGGGCUCGAAGCAGGCAAGUGCUCAGCUGAGGACCUAAGAACUGCAAAAUCACUGGUGCCAAAAGCUUUAGAAGGCUAUAUCACAGAUAUGUCUGCAGGAUUUUCAUGGAUAAACCAAGGGUUACUUUCAAGUUCAGCACAAGCAGUUUCACACUUAGAGGCAGCUGGAGGCACUUGCAAUGCUAAAUCAAGUGAGAAUGCAGGGUUGUGUCUGGAUGCUGAAGUGGCCUUAGCAACUGGGCAGCUCGUUGCCCUGAGCAGUCAGCAGUCCAGCAGCGCAGCGUCCCGGGGGGAAACGCCCUGCUCCUUCAACGAGGAGGAUGAAGAGGAUGAAGAUGAGGAUUCUUCCUCCCCAGAAUGAGGAUAGUAGAAAAUGGAAUAUACAAAAUGCUGCUCAAAUAUUCUUAAUGGGAGUUCCUGUUUGGAUUUUACUGGUUUCUUGCCUUGUUUUGCACUGUGUUCAGUGAAGCAAAAUGGACGCUUCAAAAUCAACUUAUUCAUAACGGAAAAACUUUUUGUAACUGAACACAGAGUGACAUGUAGGGACAGAGCAAAGUGGGUUUUAUCAGCUAAAACUGAGGAAAAGAACAAAGUUCUCGGAGAUUUGGCAAAGCAAACCCCAAGUUUACCUUUUCCAUUUUGGGACUUAAGUCUCUGUCUUCCCCUUGUCUUUACCAGAUGGAGAAGAAAACGGAGUCGGUCAGCAAAUGCCAAUUCUUGCAUUGUCUCUUGGCUGUGCUGCCUUUAGAAAAAGGGGGAGGAAGAGCACAUGCAAAUGCGCUAAAAAAGCUAUUUAAAACUAUCUUAUAUGAAAAUGGUUAUAGGGAAAAGGGGCUGCUAAAAUGUUUGCUUUUUUUCUGUUCAACUUGCUGUGUAGAAGAUUCUUAAAGUAAUACAAAUUGCAAGUGAUUAAAUGGAUCUUGAAAUAGUUUAAAUCCAUUUUAGAUACUCUAAAAGUAACAAUAUAAAAGGUUCGUAUGUUCAUUUAUACUGCAGACCUAAUUUAUUAUAAAUAAGUGAUUAUUCUUAGCCAUUAUUAAAACAGUCAGGAAAAAAAACCAGUAUUCUCUGCACCAGCUUUUUUAAGGAAAACAAGUAAAAAAAAUUGUAUUUCUAGAUUACAGUGUAUCCAGUGUAGCUUCUUCUUUACUGUUCUAACUUUAUAUAAUCCCUUUGAUGUUAGAGUAUGUGUUGGAUUUUUUUCAAAAAAGCCUCCCACCAUGUUAAGGCUCUCAGGCAGCGUGUUUUCAAGGCAGUGCUUUCAAAUGGGGGCUGGGUAGGUCACAUAACUUUUUUUAAAGUCAUAGGCUGAGGUUCUUAGGAAAAAAAUAAAAUUUCAACAGUAUGUCAUUUCA